AUGUCGCUCAUCUUCCGUCGCGGUAUCUCGACCAUCAUCCCGCCAAAGGUCGCCAAUCCAAAUGCAAUCGGCCAAGCCCAAAAUGCCGUUCGUAUGGCUAGACUGGUAGAGCUUUACACCAAGCUCCCGAAGGGACCGGCUCCAAAGAUCCAAGGGAAGGGUCUUAUCGGACGAUACAAGGCCAAAUACUUUGAUGGAGAGAACGCCAGUGCUGCUCCAUUACUGCAUAUCUUCGUCGGUUUGAUUGCCUUCGGAUACGCCCAAAACUACUACUACCACUUGCGCCACCACAAGAACAAUGCCCACUAA